AAUAUGGGCGCAAAUCACUCCCACAAAACCCCGGUGUUUGACGAGAAUGAGGAAGUCAACUUUGACCACUUUCAGAUCCUCAGAGCAAUCGGAAAAGGGAGUUUUGGAAAGGUGUGUAUUGUUCAGAAGAAGGACACGAAGAAGAUGUAUGCCAUGAAAUACAUGAAUAAACAGAAGUGCAUAGAGAGGGAUGAGGUUCGGAAUGUCUUCAGAGAGCUCCAGGUCAUGCAGGGCCUGGAACAUCCCUUCUUGGUCAACCUCUGGUACUCGUUUCAGGAUGAAGAGGAUAUGUUUAUGGUGGUAGAUCUCCUACUAGGGGGGGACCUGCGAUACCACCUCCAGCAGAACGUUCACUUCAAAGAGGAGACGGUGAAGUUGUACAUCUGUGAAUUAGCAUUAGCACUCUACUACCUGCAGUGUUGCCAUAUCAUUCACCGUGACAUAAAGCCAGAUAACAUCCUUCUGGAUGAACAUGGUCAUGUCCACAUCACUGAUUUUAACAUUGCUACUGUGCUGAAAGAUUCAGAGAAAGCGACUUCCAUGGCUGGCACAAAACCUUAUAUGGCCCCAGAAGUGUUCCAGUCAUUUAUAAAUGGUGGUCCAGGUUACUCCUACCCUGUUGACUGGUGGUCUUUGGGCAUCACUGCCUACGAGCUUUUAAGAGGAUGGAGGCCAUAUGACAUUCAUUCAAGCACAGCAGUGGAUGACGUUAUUAACAUCUUCCGUGGUGAACGUGUCCGGUACUCUUCCACUUGGUCCAAGGGUAUGGUGACACUACUUCGAAAGCUGUUGACUCAAGACCCAGAGAACAGACUGUCCUGUGUGGCUGACCUUCAGGACUGCCCAUAUCUGGCUGAUGUUAACUGGGACGCUGUACUGGAAAAAGCUGUUCCUCCAGGCUUUGUACCCAAUAAAGGCCGUCUGAACUGUGAUCCUACCUUUGAAUUGGAGGAGAUGAUACUGGAGUCUAAACCUCUCCAUAAAAAGAAGAAACGUCUUGCAAAGAGCAAGUCCAGAGAUGCCAAUAAAGACCCUUGCCCAAUGCCAGCCCACCUGCAGCAGUGCCUGGAGACAGUGAGACAGGAAUUCAUUAUCUUCAACAGGGAAAAAUUGAAAAAGCAAGCUCCCUCUUCUGAAGCCACAGAUAACCAGUCAUGUCCUGCCACACCAGGCAAACUGCAUGACAGACCUAACAACAACCAGCUCCCACGGUCAGAUGAGAGGACUGCCUGUCAGACCUAG